AUCGAAGUGAAAUAAGAGGUGCGGCGGGCAUUAAUUUUCCUAGUCCUAAUCCCCAACGCCCCCUCUCACUCACUCUCUCUCACUCACUCUUCUCGAGCCGAGAUCACGAGUACUGUCAAGCGGGACACAGAACUCAAAAUUCAACGUCUAUGGCGUCCCUGAGAAUAGUCGACGAUCUCUUACUCAGAAGACCACUAUUGCCGUCGCCAUCAUCUUCAAAACCGAAUCCGAGUCUCUCUGCCUCUCGCGCAUCAUCGUCUUCCUAUCUGCUAUCGUCUUCGCCUGCCUACUUCUCAAAACAACCUGCUAGAAUUAUUCACUCUGUCUGCGCUAAAGCCUCCUCUUCCUCUUCCUCUUCCACCGCCAUCGCCGGACCCGAGGGCAUCAAGAUUAAUUCAGUGCCAACGAAGCCCAUCGAAGGCCAAAAGACCGGGACGAGUGGACUUCGAAAGAAGGUCAAAGUCUUCAUGCAAGAAAAUUACCUUGCAAAUUGGAUUCAGUCAUUGUUUAAUUCACUGCCUCCUGAGGACUACAAAAAUGGAGUUUUGGUAUUAGGAGGAGACGGUCGCUACUUCAAUCGAGAAGCUGCGCAGAUUAUUAUAAAGAUUUCUGCUGGGAAUGGUGUUGGCAAAAUUUUGGUUGGCAAGGAAGGUCUGAUGUCUACACCAGCUGUUUCUGCUGUUAUCCGGGGGAGGAAGGCCAAUGGUGGAUUUGUAAUGAGUGCAAGCCAUAACCCCGGUGGGCCCGAGUAUGAUUGGGGUAUCAAGUUCAAUUAUAGCAGUGGACAGCCAGCACCUGAAUCCAUCACUGACAAGAUUUAUGGAAAUACUCUUUCUAUUUCUGAGAUUAAAAUCGCGGACAUUCCUGAUGUUGACCUUUCUCAUCUUGGCGUAACAAUGUAUGGCAACUUUAGCGUUGAAGUGCUUGACCCUGUUUCUGACUAUUUGGAACUUAUGGAGAAUGUGUUUGAUUUCGAGCUCAUCAAAAGUCUUCUUUCAAGAUCAGAUUUCAGGUUUACAUUUGAUGCCAUGCAUGCAGUUUCCGGUGCUUAUGCUAAACCCAUCUUUGUGGAAAAGCUAGGAGCGAGUUCGGAUUCAAUAUAUAAUGGAGUGCCUUUAGAGGAUUUUGGGCAUGGUCAUCCUGAUCCUAAUCUCACAUAUGCUAAGGAUUUGGUCAACAUUAUGUAUAGUGACAACGGGCCAGAUUUUGGGGCUGCAAGUGAUGGAGAUGGUGAUAGAAAUAUGAUUCUAGGGAGAGGGUUUUUUGUUACUCCAUCAGAUUCUGUUGCAAUUAUUGCUGCCAAUGCUCAGAAAGCCAUUCCAUACUUCCAAAGUGGCCCUAAGGGUCUAGCACGGUCCAUGCCAACAAGUGGUGCACUUGAUCGUGUUGCUGAAAAGCUGAAUCUUCCAUUUUUUGAGGUCCCCACAGGUUGGAAAUUUUUUGGUAAUCUUAUGGAUGCUGGAAAGUUGUCGAUUUGUGGGGAAGAAAGUUUUGGGACUGGUUCUGAUCACAUUCGUGAGAAGGAUGGCAUAUGGGCUGUGUUAGCUUGGCUUUCGCUUAUUGCCCACAGAAACAAAGGGAAUAGAACAGGAGACAAGUUAGUAUCAGUCUCUGACAUAGUGAAAGAGCAUUGGGAAACAUAUGGAAGAAAUUUCUUCUCUAGAUAUGACUAUGAAGUAACCACUGAAUGUGAAUCUAAGGGAGCCAAUCAAAUGAUUGAAUAUCUGAGAGAAUUGAUCUCUCAGAGCAAGACAGGCGAUAAAUAUGGGAAUUAUGUUCUUCAAUUUGCUGAUGACUUCACGUACACUGAUCCUGUGGACGGAAGCGUGGUAUCAAAGCAGGGUGUUCGGUUUGUUUUUACAGAUGGAUCGAGGAUAAUAUUUCGUUUAUCAGGAACAGGAUCAGCGGGGGCAACUGUCAGACUGUACAUUGAACAGUUUGAACCCGAUGCCUCUAAACAUGAAUUGGAUGCCCAAACAGCCCUGAAACCAUUGAUAGAUCUGGCGUUAACUGUAUCAAAGCUUCGGGACUUCACAGGAAGGGAGAAGCCCACAGUCAUUACAUAAAGCGCGGUCCCAUCAUCAGUCUCAUGUAUCCUGUCUUGCGUUGCAUGUUGCAAAAGGCAGGUUGGGCACUCGAUCUUUUUACUGUUAAAUUUGGCACAUACAUGUUCCCUUUCAAUUUUGGUCGUUGAUAGUGAAUAUUGCUCAAUGGGAAGGAUACACCAUUCUCUGUAAAAUAGUUGAGAAUAAAUUUCUCGACCUGCAAUACCAGCUUGCACUGCUUUAGUUGUUGGGGAGCGUAAUCUUGACUAACUUAUGAUGGCUAGAACCUGUAAGCAUAUCUCUAUAUAUGAAGAGAAGGGGUUUUUUUUUU